AUGGAACUUUAAUAAAAUGUAGAUGAGGGUCAGAUCCCGAAUCGGCAUUUGCUUGAAAAUUUUACAAGCAAAAAUUUAAUAUCUAAUAAUUCUUGCUCUUCAUUGAGCACCAGUGCAACUGCUAGCACUGUAACCACCAAAUCAAUGAAUCACGAAAAAAUAAUAAGUCAAUUUCACUUAAGUGAUCCUACUUUAUGCCAACUCAUUCCUUUCAACUAAAAAAUGAUUCAUGAUCAAAACUAAUCUAAUCAUUUAAUUAAUAUUAGAUAGUAAUUAGAGAAGGGAAGUGGUAGUGAAAUUUGGGAAGGCAGAAACUCUUCUCGUGACUGCAUAUUUAAAAUGGUUAAAAAAAAUUCAAACACCUCCACUUAUACUCAAUUAGUAAACGAAACAAAUAAUUGCUCUGUAAUAUCAUCAUCAAACACCUAAGACAUUGCAUGUGGUGUAUAAGAACUCAAAAACAAUAACUCUAAUGAUUUUUGCGAUGGAGAGCAAAUCCAAUCAGAGAGCUACUAAAACCAAAAAACUGUCAAUUUACAAAGCAACUAGAAAAAUCUCGAUGAACAGUUGCAUUUUGUAUUAGGAGAUUUUGGACUUUCAUGCUAUUAUUAGGAUUAGGACUCUCUCUCUUUUGAAGGAUACAAAAAAAUUUUUGACAACAGAAAUUUGUUAUUUUAAGCUCCAGAAGUGCAUUAUUUCACAUAAGAGGAGACACAAUAAUAAUUUGAUUUGAAAAAAGCUGAUAUUUAUGCACUUGGAAUGACCUUUUUCGUAUUGAUUUUUGGUUAGUAUCCUAAAAAGUACCCACAACCAUAAAUGAGAGACCCUAUCUACAGAUACAUCAUUAAGCAUGAUGUUGAAAAUUUCUAUUUAAAAAUUAAGGGAUUUCGUAAGGAUUUUGAAAAAGAGGUAGGAGGUUAUGAAAACGCUAUAAAGUUGGUUACUCUUCUCAUGAAAAUGAUGCAUCAAGACCCCUAAAAGCGUAUUCCUUUAAACGAAGUUAUAAGCACUGUCAAUGAAAUUGCAUUCCCUCACGCUUCCGCAGAUGAUUAAUUGUGA